AUGGGUGUUCCUGCUUUGUGGGAACAUAUAAAGACAGACGAAACUGUUCUUAGGGUGCCCUUUAAACAGCUGGUCAUUGAUUUUAAGACCGAUACAGGAAGAUCGCCUCGAAUCGCUAUUGAUGCUUUCGGCUGGCUCUUCGAAUGUGGAUUUUACACAGAAUAUAAUGAAAACAGUAACUCACCCAGCAAGUCCUAUAGAGGAGGAGAAUCCCUGGCUAUAAUCUCUCUAUUCAAACGUUUGAGUGCUCUUCUAGCGCUCGAUGUGACCUUUAUUCUGGUGUUCGAUGGACCAUCGAAACCUGAGUUCAAGAAUAGAGCAAAACUUAAAAAAGCAGUUGGUACUGACUUGGAGGAUGUGGGUUCUGAGCAUAACACCGGCGUAUCAUUAGAAACUUGUCCAUUCGAAUUGGACGACACUUUUUUCCCGGACAGACUAAACCUUGUUAAACGGUUUUUGAAAGCCUUGAAUAUUUCAUGGAUCGAUGCAAGCGGUGAGGGAGAGGCAGAAUGUGCAAGACUCCAGAAAUUAGAUUUGGUUGACUUCAUAAUCACCAAUGAUUCCGAUGCCUUCAUAUUUGGGGCUACCAAAGUUCUACGCAACUUGUCAAAGUUUUGGGAGGACCUACCAGCUUCAUACGCUGGUAACACGAAGAAGAAAGACCAUAAGGAAACCUUCAUCACGAUAUUUGACAUUUCCAAAUUGAAAAAUUGGAAUCGAGAUCAAAUCAUUCUAUUCUACGCACUUUUGGGCGCGGAUUAUAGUCAGGGCGUACGAGGCCUGGGUCCUAAGAAGUCGGCUACGUUAGCGCUAUUGCAGGAGCCUAAUUUCUCCUCAGAGUUCACAUCCAUAUUCAAAAAUCCGCACUUGGACAUCAAGGAGCGCCUGCAGCGCUACACAUCAUUUCAAGACCGUGUGUUUAAGCACAGCCAAGCCAACAGCACCGCAUUGUUUGGCAGAAACUACUUUAAAUCGUCGGCGUUUGACAAUUUUCAAGGGUGGCCUUCUGAAGCCGCACUCAUGCAUUAUUUCCAUCCUGUUGUGUCGUCCACCGUGGAUAUGACUAGUUUAACGGGCGAUUUUGUCAACAUUAGCGGCAAUUUGACUCUCGUGGAGCGAAACUUCCGGCAACUGAUGGAACUUUUUAGCGAGUACAAUUUAAGGAGCAUUUCAAACUUGAGAAACUGGUUUCACGAUACUACCCACAGCGCCUUUGUCUUGAAGAAGCUUUUAAAGUCGAAAUCAGAGCCCUUGCGGACAAUGAAAAUAACUGAUGAAUGGACUUCUCAAUGCUGUCAGGGAGCAUUUCAUAUCAAGUACUUGCGAGUCCGAUACAACAGUUUCUUGCCCGGGGUCGAGGAGCCGCUUUUGGAUGACCUAGAGAAUAGAAAUGCUGUUGAAAGACUCACCACAGGUGGUAGUCGAAAAAGUAGCCCUUCCAAAAAACAGUUAGAAAGAGCAGCAUUCAAAUACAUGGCUUCUAUUCCCAAGAGGCUUGUUCCGGCAGACCAUCCACUUGUCUUGGACUACUGUUCAGAGAGGGCCAAAACACGAGAUAAACGGUCUCCGACAAAAAAACGCGUCGGUCGAAAACAUAGUCCACAGAAGAACAACCUGGACGAUUUCUUGAAAGCUCAUACUUCGCCAAAAAAAGCGGAACCCAAGACAGAAAUUUUGGAGACCACUUCACAGCGCAUAGAGCUUCUUCCUACAAAACGGCAACCUUUUGUUGGCCAAGACUCUGAGCUUGGUGAAUCCGAUGACGACUGGGCUGCAAAUACAAGCUCGCUGAUUCUAGUAUCAGAACAUGAGUGUGCAACAACCGGUGCUCCUACGUCGCCAAAACGGGACCUGAUACUAACGGAGCACGACUACGAAAUAAAUUCCGAGAUUGAAGGACCAAAAGAAUCGCCAUUGAAGAAAAGGCACAUCUCAACAGUCGCGGGAAAAUGGACUACAAAAGCACCUUUUCUAUCGCAACAUAUAGAUCUCACGAUCGACAGCGAUGGAUGA